AGGGUUUCCACCCGGAAUGCAGCCUUACGCAGUUAAGCGAUUACGACAUUAUCGCUUUUGCUCUAGCCUAAGAUCCACAUCUCGCUGUUUUAAUAUCUAAGCUCCUCUUUGCAUUCUCUACUUAAAUUAUUUGUUCCCAUACACUUGGCAUUGGAUACAAGUGAACUUCUAGAGGUUAAGAUCCAUCGAUGUAUUGGCUUCCUACUCUAUUGUACUGGUGGGCUCUCCCCAGUUGCAUUGCCCAUCAAAUUCCACGCGAUGACCACGACUCAUCCCCCCUAAACGAGGCCUUCGAAAAGAAGGCCAACUGGGCCUUAGAACAUUUCAGGAUCCCUGGGCUUGCAGUAUCUGUAGUCCGCGGAGAAGAUAUCUUCGCCAAUGUUAGUAUACACGUCGCGAUUUCAAUACUAGUCGCCGUCUCUCACCUAGAAACGUAGGGCUACGGCGUAUCUAAUAUGGAGACAUCCAAACCAGUCACAGAACACACUCUGUUCGAAGGAGCCAGCACAACCAAAGCAUUCACGGCAGCAGCAAUGUCCCUUCUCGUAGAUGACGACGAGAACUACCCUGAUAUCCAGUGGGACACGCCACUGUUUGAGAUCCUACCGGAGUUUGCUCUUGAAGACCCAUGGACCACGACACACGUCACACUUGAGGAUAUUCUCUCUCAUCGCACAGGCUUACCACGCCAUGACUGGAUCGCCAACGCAAACAUCACCAUCCAGGAAGUUAUUUCCAAACUGCGGUAUGCGCCCUUAACAGCACCCGUUCGCACAACAUGGCAAUACACGAACCUCCUGUACAUGACAGCCGGCUAUAUAAUCGAGAAACAGACCGGCCAGCCACUGAAAGAGUUCCUUCGCAACCGAAUCUGGCAACCUCUCAACAUGACAGAGACUUAUUUCACCCCCACUGAUGCCCAAGAGGCAAACGAAGAUAUAGCCUAUGGUUAUUACGUCGACUCUGAACACCAAUUCAAGGACGCAGGCUAUCCAUCCCCAAAGAUUCUCCGUGGCGCGUCGGGCGUCCUCUCCUCCGCGACUGACUACGCAAAAUGGCUCCGAGCCAUGAUCCAUCGCAGGCCACCUCUUUCUCCGGCUGGACAUUCCGCAGUCACAAGUGCACAUAGCAUUGUCCUUCCCACAGUAGCCCCGCCCUUUUCAUCACCCAUUCUGUACGGAUUUGGUUGGAACCUGAUGUCGUACAAAGGACACCCGGUGAUUCAACACACCGGCGCGAUAUAUGGUUUCGGAUCCAUGGUCAUCUUCCUACCGGACGUGCAGCUCGGGAUAACUAUCUUAGGAAAUAACUUGAUGUCCACGAAUGCAGUUGCGAGUGUGUUAGCCUACCACAUCAUCGACGAAGCCCUGAGUAUUCCAGAGAAAGAUAGAUUCGACUGGGCUAAAGAAGCCGAGAAAGUCCUAAAUGUUACAAUAACCCCAGACCCACGAACCCUCUACCCAACGAUCCCCAACCCACCCCUCCCCCCACCUCUACCUCUGGCCAGUAUCACGGGUCUAUACACCCAUCCAGCCUACCCAACCCUAAACUUCACAGAGGACUGCUCGCAAAAAUCCAUCAUCCCACCCCUAACAAAUGCAACAAGUGUCCCUAGACUUUGCAUGUUUUUCGUAAACCCCGCAGAACUCCCAGAGUCCCUCAUCAUGGAGAUCGUGCAUGUCUCUGGGGAUGACUGGGUGUUUGGAUCUGAAUAUGAUGGGGUUGCGACAUCGACGAAGGUUGAGGUCAAGGCUGGAUCAGAUGGAGUGGUUGAACGGCUUGGGAUUGAGGCGGAUGGGGCUAUGGCGGCGUUAGGGGAGAAGAUUUGGUGGAUGAAGAGUGGUUGAUUGGCCUUUGGGUUUAUCUGAAUGCUUUCAUUGUGCUUAUGUUGGGUUGUCUUUGUAUAGGGUUUGUUUUGGGAGGGCAGGCUAAGGUACUUUGAACAUAUGCAGAGAUGUAGAUCCAGGAUUGGCAGAUAAUGGGCCUUAGUUGAUUAUUGUUUUUUAUUUCUGAUGGUAUCAACAGUAUGUAAUUACACAAAUUUGCAAAGUUAUGUGUACGAGUCAAUCAUGGCUCAGUAUUCGUCGAUAAUAAUCUCGCUGACUCGGUAUCUUCCAACGCGG